GACACACCUAAUUUUUUUGCAGGGUUAAUUGUCUGCUUAUCUCGCCAACGGAAACACCUCAAGAUCAGAGUCCGUAGAUUUGGACUUUUCUUACAUUUAUUACAGUUUAGCCUACUAUUUCACUCGAGGACAAAGACAUUCGACGAUAUUAGAUGAUGUGUUUAGUUUAACAUGUAUAGUUUUUAAUUUUGUGGAAUUAUUUCAAACGUUACUGAAGUGGAGCGUUUAAUUUAUACAUUUGUUUUUAGAUAAUUUUCUUCUCAUAACUUUUUUCUAUAUACUUGGCCUAGGCUACUUGUGGAUAUUUCAAAAACUUUGACGAUGACAGGUUUGUCUAUUGGAUUUGUUUUGGGAUCCACUUUGUUGUUCAGUGCAGUUUUCCAAGUAAACGCACAAGCUGUCACGAAUGGCGCAGCCUGCAAUAAGAAAUUCAAGACAGGCACAGAAACAUUUGUACUAGAUACACAAGACGCUGUUAAUGCAGGAGCCACAUUCAUCUCGUCCCCAACUGUUACUAAUGCCGACGAUUGCGUGAACGCGUGUUGUAAAAUCCCCCAAUGUAAUUUGGCAUUAAUUGAAAAUGGACAGGAGACGGGGUCGGUUAAGACCUGCUUCCUAUUCAAUUGUCUAUACCGGAAUGAAUACGUAUGCAGGUUUGUGAACAACGUUGGAUUUACAAAUUAUAUUCCGGAGACAGUUUAUGAACAACACCUUGGAGGACAUGGCUCUGAGAAGGAAUCCCCCAUUGCCAACGCCGGCCUGGAUAUUGUGGUCCAGCCCAACGAUUGGGUGUCACUCAAUGGGGUAGAGAGUAAAGCCAAGGGUGACAAGGUGAUCUCCAAGUUCGAAUGGAGCCUUCAGGAAGGGGAUGCUUCUGUGGUUAUACAUAAAACCGGCCUGGCUGAUCAAGUACAGCUGUCUGACCUUAAGCCGGGUGUGUAUGAGUUCCAACUGAAAGUCACCGACUCCAAAGGCCUAUCUGACACAGCCCAGGUCACCGUCCUCGUCCUCACUCCUGAACAGUCUGAUCAUCAAUGUCUGGUCCCCAAAAAGGUUGGGCCCUGCCGGGGCUCCUUCCCCCGCUGGCACUACAACGCUGCGUCCGAGGAGUGUGAGGAGUUCACCUACGGAGGCUGCAGGGGAAACCACAACAACUACAUCAGUGAGCCGGAAUGCACCGUAGCCUGCAAGGGUGUGAAAGUAGAUACCACAGGAAGAAUUGGUCCCCUUCCAACAGAAGUUGAGGUGUGUGGAGUCCCCUGUAAGCCUUGGCAGUUUGUUUGUAACAGCGGCUGCUGUCUGAGUAAAGCCCUAGAAUGUGACGCUGUGGCACAUUGCACAGAUGGUUCGGACGAGGCGUCCUGUUACAGACUCAAUGAAACCUUCUCUCGUCUUUUGAACGUUGAUGUGGAUCACAAAAAAGUACGUUGCACUGAACCCCCCAAGACAGGCCCUUGCCGUGCUAGCCACACCCGCUGGUACUAUGACCCCCUCAACAGAAAAUGCUAUCGCUUCACGUUUGGUGGUUGCGAGGGCAAUGACAACAACUUUGAGCAGGAGGACACCUGUUCCUCUACCUGCGAUGGCGUGACUGACAAACAUGUGUUUGCUAGGGGAAUGUUUGACUACCAAGCAGAUGAAGGAACUGAAUCAGCCUCUAUCGCUAUAGCAAUUUUGCUAGCACUAGCCAUUUUGGCUGUGCUGGCCGUCUUGGGCUACUGCUUUCUUAAGAAAAGGAAGGACCGGACACAGCACCAGCCAGUGACGACCCACGUCCCCUUUGAGGACAGAGACACUAUGGUCUACAACAGUACCACCAAGCCUGUCUGAACCUGCUGAGGUUUAGAGACUGGAUCUGGAGAUUAUGCAUGCCUUCAUCAAGUGUAGUUUGAAUACACAAACAAUGUAUUCUGACCCGACUACAGUAGCACGAUCAUUUGGUGUGAAAAUAUCAGACCGCCCAAUAAUCUGACUUUGCAGCUUUCAGAUCAUGAAUUUUAAUACUGUACAUAUUGCACACACACAGUUGAGCAUGCACGACAUAAACAGAUCCCAGUGAUCACAAUGUACAAACUAAAUGAGCAUGCAGAUGCAGUGUUUCAUUUAACCAGAGCUGCUUCUUCCAACAGAACAACCAGUUUGAGGUUUGCUAGUAAAGAUGCAUCAGGAAUUUUGGUAUUAGAAGUCCGCUAAAGUGGAAAAAAUCCUGUACAUUUGUGCAUUGUUUUUUAAGAUGCUGCUCCGUUUUGAUUUUGAUAUUUCUUCUUGGAAAAUAAACGUUUUUCUUGUUCUCAGUGGAAAGCUUACUUUGUUCCCUACUUUUUUUUUUUAUAUUUUACUUCAAUAUCAUCUUGUAUUUAUAGUAUAAAAUGAAUUGGAUCAUGAGGGAGGGAGGAAGAAGUUGGUUUUUAUUUGUAUUUUAAUUUUUUUCAGCAAUGCUUUCUUGCAAUUCUUAAAUAUGUUUGUUUGUAUAAACACAAACAUGUGCAACUGUACACCUUUGACAAAACUUCACAAUAAAACAACUGUUUAAUAAUA